GAUAAAAGCAGAGUGCUUGCUCGCAAAGGAAUCUCUUGUGCUUCAGUAUACCAGUUAGCCUUGUAGAUGCUUGUUGAACCAAGUCCAAUUGUGGUGAAAAAAUCCUUUCCAAGUCUAAAAGUAUCUCAAAAACCUUGUUGUAUCAAUCUCAGAAUCUGGUUAUAUUAACCUCAGAAUCUGUAAUUACUCGAUAGGGAGUCUGUAAUCUCGAGGAGGGAGAUUCCAGUUCUUUAUUUCUUUGCAAGAGAUCGUUCAGAGUAGCAAAAUAUUCCAUUCCCUUCUCCUCAUCGUCAUUAAAGCUUGAAGCUAUUCAUUCUCCAAGACCUUCGGUCCACACUUCAUGCAAAGGAAAAAAGGUACAUUGCAGAGAUAAGUGAAGCAAAAACAAUGAUUGGCAUCAAGGAUUUGUACAGUGUUUUGACUGCAGUUGUACCACUUUAUGUCACCAUGUUCUUGGCUUAUGCUUCUGUGAAAUGGUGGAACAUAUUCACUCCAGAACAAUGUGCUGGCAUCAACAGGUUUGUUGCAAUCUUCGCUGUUCCACUUCUCUCCUUCGAGUUUGUUUCUCGGAUAAAUCCUUACAAAAUGGACCUCCUUUUCCUUGCUGCCGAUGGAGUCUCAAAAAUUUUGAUAUUGGUAGUUUUGUUUUGUUGGGCUAAUUUCUCAAAAACAGGGAGUCUUGACUGGUCCAUCACACUUUUCUCACUCUCCACUCUCCCAAACACCCUUGUGAUGGGGAUUCCCCUCCUCAAAUCAAUGUAUGGGGAUGACAAGGAAUACCUAAUGAUUCAAGUUGUGGUAUUGCAAUGCAUAAUCUGGUAUACGUUAUUACUAUUUUUGUUUGAAUAUAGAGAAACAAGAACUUCUGUCUUUAGCAAGUUCAAGGAAAGUAGUUUUAGUUUACCUGAGAGAGAAAAGGAGAAUUUUAAGGGAACUGCGGAAAAGGUUGGUGGAAACUGCAGCAGCGAAGAUGAAGUCAUCAACGUUAUUGCCACGACACCAUCUAGCCAACAAACAGCCCAAAAUGUUAACAAGAUUGCACCUGAUCAAUCUCAACGGUUCAAGCCCAUGGUUGCAGCUUCCGUGGAGGGAGAGCGUAACGAGCUCCAUUUAUUCAUUUGGAGAUGUGGAUGUUGCAUUUCUCCAGCUACUUGUGAGUCAGUGCAAGCUGGUCAAAGAGAAGAAAGCAGUGGAAAGGCAGUUGCAAGUGAAAAACAAGCGGAUGUCGAAAAUUCUAGCAUCCCCUCUUCUGUUUCUUCAGCAAUGCUCCUGAAAAUAUUGAGAAAAGUCUGGUUCAAGCUUGUGAGGAACCCUAACUCCUAUUCAAGUUUACUGGGUCUAAGCUGGGCUUUAGUCUCGUGCAGAUGGGACAUAAAAAAGCCUCAAAUAAUGGAAAAUUCAGUCACAAUACUGUCAAGUGCAGGUCUUGGAAUGGCAAUGUUUAGCCUUGGAUUGUUCAUGGCUUUGCAACCAAGGAUCAUAGCCUGUGGAACGAAGCUGGCUUUGUAUGGGAUGCUUGCUAGGUUUAUCACAGGACCGGCACUAAUGGCAAUAGCAUCCGUUGUAGUAGGCCUCAGAGGCACCACCUUAAAGGUGUCUAUUGUACAAGCAGCAUUGCCUCAAGGGAUUGUCCCUUUUGUUUUUUCUAGGGAGUAUAAUUUGCAUCCGGAUGUAUUAAGCACUGCGGUGAUAUUUGGAAUGAUAGUCUCUUUGCCCAUCACAAUACUAUACUACAUUUUAUUGGGUAUCUGAUGAGUCACAAAUUAAGGAUCCAAACAUAAACAUGCGGAAUUCAGCAGUCUUGGUCACUGAUGGAGAAGUUAGAAGCACCUUAUAAACAAGGUUCAUUAGGAGCUAGCUCCAAGUUUAUGGUCAACAAGCAUUCACAGGUUGAUAUAUCGAAGCUUUAUCAUGAGUAGGUUUUGUUUAGGUUUUCUCAGGCAUGAAGCAACACUGGUUUCUGACUCUUAAUAAACGAAAAUAUUAAGCUAUGCCUAAUCCAUUUUUGAAGGGUACAUAAUCAUGCAUUCAAGCUCAUGUAUCCUGUUUCUAGUCAUAUAUAUAUGUGAUGUAUUUAUGUGGGCAUGAACACGUUGUGUCGAAGAUGGUCAAUAUAAUUAAUAGAUAGAUAUGAGUUUUCAUUUUUGAUGAUC